GUACAGGUCCUUGGUGAAUAACUGGUCUCCAGUGCAGAAUUUAUUCCGUCAGUACAUGGUACCCCUAACAGAAGUAGAGCGUAGUGACAACGGUCUGUCCGCUGCAGAGACAGCACUGAUAGCCAUUGCUGUAACUCUAUUCUUUGCUGGACUAGUGGCUAUAGCUGUCAUUUGCAAACAGUGGGACAGGCAUGAAAAGAACAACAGACUGUAUGAUACUCUACGACGUCCGAGUACCCUAUAUGACUCACAAGAACUCCGUAUGGAUUUUGCUGAAGAAGAAUUGCCAAGUAGAUUCAGUACAUUUAAAGGACCCGGAAAGGAGAGUGAAGUCUCUUUGGAAGGAAGUUUUGGUCUGGGAUAUGUAAACGCUGCAUUUAAUUGCGAUGGCGACGACAUAAAUACCCCAAGGACUCCAACAUGGAGCUGUAACGAUACUCCUAGAAUUCCUAGAUGGAGUACAAGUGACUCCUUGAAAGAUGCAAUGGCAAGUCUUGAGGAGUUGACCAACAGGUUGAAUAGGGAGGACAAUUUUUAAGAGUGUCAAACAUCUCUCGUAGCCGACGGUCCCAAAAAUUGACAAGAGUGAACUUCAAACACCAAGGUCAAAUCAAGAAAAACCAAUAAUACAGAAGCACGAGCUAUGCCUACAUAUGAAAACCUUGUUGUGGAUCCAUCGUCUAGAAAAGCAGAAGUUUUGACUGGAAGCGGUAGCACAAGUAACAACAGUUGUGGACAUUAUGACAACGGAAUGU